UACAUAGAACAGACAGGUGUUGAGGAGCUGCAGGCUAAAAACCAGAGAGAGAAGCAGAGUUCAGUGAGAUAAAAUGGGGUCCCAAGGAAUUCAGAUGCCUGGAAGCUGUGAGGUUCCAGAUAUCCCUCACGGAUUGGGUGUUUUCAGAUGUUUACCAUAUGCAUUUAUACUACCAGAAUUGAUACUUGGAUCAUGGGUUUGGAUCCUGGUAGCCGCAACCAGAGUAUUUUUUCCUGUUAUCCAAGGAUGGGUCAUGUACGUCUCAGUGUCUUGUUUCCUCUUCUCAUUAAUACUGCUCAUGGUUUACGUGUUUGGAUUCCACAGAAACAAUUGCGGCACAUGGAGAAUAGUGGAUGUCAUUUACCAUGGAAUUGCUGCCAUUUUUUAUCUGAGCGCUGCUGUCCUCCAAGCUAGCGCAACAAUAACAUGUAACAAUGCUAUAUUUGCUUCUCCGCCUAACUGUGGAAUUGUUAACUAUCACUUGAAUGCUGCAGCUUCAGUCUUUGCCUUCCUGACAACUCUGCUAUAUGUCCUGCACAGUUUCCAAGGCUACGUCCAGUGAAAUCUUUUGCAUAGAUGAUAUAAUGAAAUACAGAGACCACUUUAAUGGAUACCAACAGAUGGCAAUGAACACUUGAACAGCAGAUAAAGAUAAAUAACUUGAGAACUAAAGCACAAUAUAUAUAUAUAUAUAUGUAUAUAUAUAUAUAUAUAUAUAUAUAUAUAUAUAUAUAGUGUAUACAGUAUAUAUAUAUGUAAAUUGCUAUAAGUUAUUCUUAAAAUGGUCAAUUUAACCAGGCUUCAAUGUUACAUGCUUCCGAAAUAUAAAUUAACACUGAUAAUGCUGAAUAGGCUAAAACGUGAACUAAAAUUAUAAAUUUGGCCUAUAAACAUUAUCUUAGCAUAUUACAUAACAUACCAUUAUCUGGUCUAUUAAUGAUAAUGAUGGCGCGUUAAAGUAUUAAGAAAGAAAUCCAACCUUAUUUACGUUUCACUGUAUUAUGCUCUUUGUGUCAUAAUUGUAUUUAUUUUUCAUACAUAAAUUGCUUUAAUUCUAUUCUGGGUUGUAUAUUAAACUCCCUUUACUCAGGGUUUACAAAGUA